GAAAUCCCUGUGGAGUGCUUCUUUGUGACAUGCAAUGGCGUCCUCGCCGCUGCCGGGGACACGGUGCAGGAUGGAGCUGUGUACAGUUUGGAGCCCAGACUCUGUGGGGGCAAAGGAGGUUUUGGGUCUAUGCUUCGAGCGCUUGGUGCGCAGAUAGAGAAGACAACCAAUCGAGAAGCCUGCCGGGAUCUCAGUGGGAGGAGAUUACGAGAUGUCAAUCAUGAGAAAGCGAUGGCUGAGUGGGUAAAGCAGCAAGCUGAGAGAGAGGCUGAAAAAGAGCAGAAGCGCCUGGAGAGACUGCAGCGGAAGCUUGCAGAGCCUAAGCACUGCUUCACCAGCCCCGAGUACCAGAGGCAGUGCCAUGAAAUGGCUGAGCGACUGGAGGAUUCAGUCCUCAAAGGUAUGCAGGCUGCCUCCAGCAAGAUGGUUUCAGCAGAAAUCAGUGAGACUCGGAAACGGCCAAACAAGUUAAAAAGGGACCAGGGAGCUGGUGCAAAGAAAAGGAAAUGCUUUUGGUUGGACAUGGAAGGACUGGAGGCGGCCGAGGGGUCCAGUGCUGGAAGCUCAGAUGAUGAUAGUGACGAGGCACCUAGUACUUCAGGGCUGAGCUGCUCUGCUCGGGAAAAUGGCAGUGAUGGUGGUGGAGCGGAAGUCGACUGUCCUGGCAGUUCUCAGAGCUCGGGAUUGGGCACACACUCUGAGUCGCCCAAAGAGCUUCAGAACCCCGUGACUGACCCUGGGCAGGGUAUUUUGGAGAGCACAAGAAGUGAGCUGGGAGCAACAUCUUCUGGGGAGGACAGCGAGAGGAGGAAGGUCACAGAAACAGAAGAGACCCUGGCAAGGAAGGAAACACAGAGUCCCAAGCCCACAGAAAAGGACCAAGAGACAGAAAUGACUGGUGGGGACAGAGCUGCCAUGUCUCUCUUUGGAGAAGAUGGGAAAAUCGUUCCUAUGGCUAACCUGGAAGGAAGCUGCUCAGGAGACACAGCUCCUGCUCCAGAAGCUGUGGAUCUGUCAGCGUUCCGCUCUGCGGCGGAGUUGGAGUCGCUGGGCUUGGAGAGGCUCAAGCGUGAGCUGAUGGCCCUUGGGCUGAAGUGCGGGGGGACCCUGCAGGAGCGUGCAGCCAGGCUCUUCUCUGUCAGGGGCCUGGCAAGGGGGCAGCUUGACCCCGCCUUAUUUGCCAAGCCUUCGAAAGGGAAGAAGAAGUGAGUUUUCUGUCUUGAUAUGGACUGUGGCCAAUGUUUCUGUUGAUACUAAAAGCCGAUUUUUUUAAUAACUUGGUUCUAAGUUGUUUCUUUUCAUUGGUACCUGGGUUUGAGGUGUUUAUUGGAAGAGAAAACUUUGUUAUUUUUCUUUUUGCUAUUUUUGAGAUAGACUCACUCUAACCCAGACUAAGAACUGUUUAGUUCACUUUGGUCUCAGACUUGGCAGUGAUUCUCCUUUCUUCAGUAUGAGCUGCUGCGCUUAUCUUAUCAGAGGUUUAUACAUUUCUUUGGCUUUAUAUUGUGUCAUUUGUAUAAAAUAUUUUCAAAAAAUUUGUGUAACCCAAAGUUUGAGGUUUGCAGGCAGUUCUUCAUACCUCUGUCUUAUGAUACAAACUUCUUUAACUGUGUGGGUUUCCCGGAUGGAGCCCAGCUGCUUCCAGGCCUCUCACUGGGGAUUUUUAGUCCAGCUAGGGCCCUGUCUAUAUUGUUUGGUUUUCAGAGAAUUAAGUCAUUACCUCCUGAAGCCUUAGAUCACCGAUUACAGAUUUUUAUUUUAUUAUUUUUUUAGUGUAUUGCCCAAUUAGCAAAUAUUUGUGUUUUCUGUAAAUGUCUGAUUGUUACUGACUACUCAGGACAGAAACUACCCUGCACCCUUCUUCCGACCCAGCAGAAGGUCGUAAGCAUGGUGACCGCUGUGCACUGUUGAAAAGAGCGUACACCCAGGCUGGGCACAGUGGCAGAGCCUUUCUUCCCAGCACUUAGGAGGCAGAGCAGGUGGAUCUCCGAGUUUGAGACCAGUCUGGUCUACAGAGUAAGUCUGGGAAAGCCAGGACUACACAGAGAAACUCUAUCUGGAAAAACAAAACAAAAAAGUAAGAUCCAUUGAGUUGGCAAGGAGUGUGUUCUGGCACACUCAUUAUGUGAGUAGUUGGUAGGAUCAUUCACAUGACCUGUCUUUGCUGGUUUAUUUUAAUAAAGAAAUAAGAGAAAACUCAAAUCUCAACUAUGA